GUGAAAUUGUAAUUUUGAAAAAUGUCAAUUUGGUGAGUAUUGGCGAAAACUUUAUCACUUGAUUAUUCACCUUCGAUCAUUAUACUCGAUAUUGUUUUUUUAUUUAUGAUUAUAGAAGAUAUCUGGAUUAUAUUUUUCUAUCAGUUGAUAAAAUAUCCGAUAACAAUAAAGUGCUAUUAUCGGUUUGGGUCUGAUAAAUCAUUAUGCUUGAAUCCAUUUUGAGAUAGUUAUAGAUUUUGUGAUAAAAUAGUUGAGCGUAAAAAGUGGCAGAACUAUAAUAAUGUGUUUGGUAAAAACUGUUAUAUUUUAUAUGUUAGAUAUAUUUUGUAUAGUGGAUAAUUAGGUUUGUAUGUAUGUAGAGGUGAAAAUUAUUGGAAAAAUUUCACAAUAAUGGCAGAUAAUCCCAAAUUCGUUUUGGGUGAUUACAUCUGGGCGAGCCUUGUAACCAAGGGAGAAUUUGACAUCCCCAUCGGUGGAAAAAUAAUCGCUAUCGAGUCCAGCAGAGUCAGAAUUGUGGACGAUGAUGGCAAAGAAUCGUACAUAUCCAAUCAACAGAUACUCAAAACAAUGCACAUCUCCUCCAUCCAAGGAGUGGAUGACAUGAUUAAUUUGGGCGAAUUACAGGAAUUCACGAUAUUGAGGAACCUUCACAAAAGAUAUAGAGAUAAAUUGAUUUACACUUAUACAGGUUCAAUGUUGAUAGCAAUAAAUCCCUAUGAAAUUUUGCCGAUCUACACCAAUGCAACCAUAAACGAAUACAGAAACAAGCCCUUAGAAGAGGUACCACCCCAUAUAUUUGCUAUAGGUGACUCCAGCUACAAUAAUAUGAAAAGUACCAGAAAAGAUCAAUGCAUUGUUAUAAGCGGGGAGAGUGGGGCAGGCAAAACGGAAAGCACAAAACUGAUCUUGCAGUACUUGGCUUCCACCAGCGCUCAGCACACGUGGGUGGAACAGCAAAUCCUCGAGGCCAAUCCAAUUUUGGAGGCUUUCGGAAACGCGAAAACCGUCAGAAACGACAAUUCCUCCAGGUUCGGCAAAUACAUCGACAUCAAAUUCAACAAAGCGGGGAACAUAGAGGGCGCUCAGAUCGACCAGUACCUUUUGGAGAAAAGUAGGAUAGUCUCGCAAAAUGACGGCGAGAGGAACUAUCAUAUUUUCUAUAGUAUGCUAGCCGGUAUCAGCAAAGAGGAAAAAAAGAGGUUAGAACUAGCCGAUGCGGAAUCCUACAACUAUCUGAAAGCCGGCAGAACGUUCACUUGCGCCGGCCGCAACGAACAAAACGAAUUCUCCGACAUCGUGGCCGCCUUCAAAGUGCUCAACUUCUCCGACAAAACGGUCGGCGACAUCUUCUCCAUCCUGGCGGCCAUCUUGCACCUCGGCAACCUCAAAUUCAAGAGCGGCAGCUCCAGCCACAGCGACAGCUCGGACGUGGCUGACGCCAGCCUCAACGAGAAGAUCUCCAAGAUUCUGGGCGUGAACAAAUUCGAUCUGAGCGAAGCGCUCACGAAGAAAACGAUCCACGCGCAUGGCGAUCAAGUGGUGGCGAAUCUGUCGAAGGAGCAGGCCGCGGAAUCGAGGAACGCCUUCGUCAAGGGCAUCUAUGGGCAACUGUUCAUCUUCAUCGUCGACAACAUCAACGUCGUCAUCUCCCAAAACAAGCUACAAUCGCAAAGCAGCAUAGGCGUGCUCGAUAUCUUCGGUUUCGAGAAUUUCACCGUCAACAGCUUCGAACAGUUGUGCAUCAACUACGCCAACGAGAAUUUGCAGCAGUUUUUCGUCCAUCACAUCUUCAAAAUGGAGCAGGAGUACUACACCAAGGAGGGCAUCAAUUGGUCGCACAUCGAGUUCGUCGAUAAUCAAGUCAUCCUGGAUAUGUUGGGAGCGAAACAUUUGAACGUGUUCUCUUUGAUCGACGAGGAAUCGAAGUUUCCCAACGGCACCGACUUUUCUUUGCUGACGAAAAUGCACACGCAGCACGGGAAGAAUAGAUACUAUUCCAAGCCGAAGAGUGACGUCACGCCAGCGUUCGGUAUCCAGCAUUAUGCAGGAGAAGUCUUUUAUGACGUCCCAGGUUUUCUAGAAAAGAACAGGGAUGCUUUCAGCCAGGAUCUCAAGAAUCUGAUGCUGGGAUCUCAGAACGGUCUGCUGAAGGACCUGUUCAAGGCAGAACAAGAUUCGAAAUUGAAGAAAACUCUGUCGUCCCAAUUCAGGACCUCCUUGGAUCUGCUCAUGAAAAGUUUGAACUCCUGUCACCCCUAUUUCGUGAGGUGCAUCAAGCCGAAUCACGAUAAAAAGCCACAAAUCUUUGACAAGGUCCUCUGCACGAGACAACUUCGCUACUCCGGAAUGAUGGAAACGGCAAAAAUCCGGCAGGCAGGCUACCCUAUCCGCUACACCUACAUCGAGUUCGUCAACCGGUUCAGGUACCUGGCCAAGAAUGUGCCGCCCUCCAGCAAGGGUGAUUGCAAGAACUCCUCGUCGAGGAUUUUGGCGGAGACGUUUAAGGAUAGCGAGAAUACGCCUCAGAGGUACCAGCUGGGACACACGAAGGUGUUUCUCAAGCAGCACGAGCACGAGUGUCUGGAGGAGUCGAGAAGCAAGGUCGUCGAGAAAGCUAUACAGGUCCUCCAGAAGGCCAUAAAGGGCUGGGUCUACCGCAGGCGAUUCCUCGCUAUGCGUCGUGCCGCCCUAGUGCUGCAAAAGCACUUUCGCGCCCGCGGCCACCGCAGGCGUUUCCUGGUCAUGCGCAACGGCUUCAAGCGGCUGCAAGCGUGCAUCUUGUCGAGGCGGCACGCCCAAUCUUACGGGAAGAUCAGGAAGGGCGUGGUGGGCGUACAGGCGAUGUGCAGAGGGUGGUUAGGGCGCAACAGAGGGCAGUUCGGGGAGAUUUACGGGAUAGUGAAGCGGCGUAGGGCGGACGAGGAGGAGAUGAAGGGCAAAGGCAUCAGAAAUUACAAAGUAGAAGCUGAAAUGCUGAUGCAACAAAGAUUGGCGAAAUGCAACAGAGAGUACAUAGCAAAACAGAAAGCUCUGGAACAGGUUAGCAAUGAUGCAGAACAAAUGGUGGACAAAGAAUUCGAUUUCUUGAACAGGAACAGUUUCGAGAACAAGGAAAACGAAUUCCCGAUGGAGAGUCCUGCAAUAGAAGAAAAGUCCCAACAGCCCCUACCGUACCCCUCGCCCCACCUCGAGGACCUCAGCGAGUACUCGUUCAGAAAGUACGCGGCCACCUAUUUCUCCGGCACCGCCAAUUGGCAAUUCUCGAAGAAACCUCUGAAGGACAGCCUGCACUAUCUGCCGACGCCCGACGACGUGUUGGCCGCGCAGGCGCUAUGUUUGACCGUCCUCAGGUUCAUGGGCGACCAUCCGGAGCCGAAGUACGAGGGCGAGGGGUCCGGGGGAGAGAGGGAGCCUAUCAUGGGAAUGGUGGGGGAGACGUUGUCGAGGAGUUUCAACAACAGGAAGGAGUAUCAGGAAAUUCUGCACGAAGAGAAGAAGUACGCCUCGAUGAAGAAGUCUGACAGGCAGAAAUUGAUCCAUCUGACAUUGAAAAAGAAAAACAAACUGCUAGAAGAUGUCAGAAGAGGAUUGGUAGAGGACUCUUUCGCCAAAGACAGGUAUGAAGAGUGGAACCACAGGAGGACGAACAACUUAGAAAAACUGCAUUUCAUUAUCGGACAUGGCAUUCUUCGUCCAGAACUCAGAGACGAAAUCUUCGCGAUAAUCUGCAAACAACUCACCAACAACUACAUCAAGUCCUCGUACGCCCGCGGCUGGAUCCUGCUCUCCCUUUGCGUAGGCUGUUUCGCGCCCUCCGACCGCUUCGUCAACUACUUGAGGGCGUUCAUAAGGGCGGGGCCGCCGGGAUACGCGCCCUACUGCGAGGGCCGCCUCAACAGGACCUACCAGAACGGGCCGAGGACGCAGCCGCCCAGUUUCCUGGAGCUGAUGGCGACGAAGAACAAGGACCCGAUCAAUUUGGAGGUUACCUUGAUGGAUGGUACCACGCAAAUAAUCGAGGUGGAUUCGGCCACGACAUCCGAAGAGAUGCUCACCCGCAUAUCGACCACCCUCAAUUUGACAGACACUUUCGGAUUCUCCAUAUACAUAGCACUGCACGACAAAGUGAUGUCGUUGGGCAGCGAGACCGACAAGAUCAUGGACGCCAUAUCGCAGUGCGAGCAAUACGCCAAAGAACUGGGCCAACAGGAGAGGAACUGUCCGUGGCGCCUGUUCCUGCGCAAGGAAAUCUUCACGCCGUGGCACGAUCCCACGGAGGAUUCGGCAGCCACCGAUCUGAUCUACCACCAGGUGGUCAGAGGCCUCAAGGCGGGAGAGUAUCGGUGUACGGCCGAGGCGGACAUCGCCCUUCUGAUCGCCAUCCAGUAUUACAUCGAAAACGGCGGCGUUCUCAACAAAAACGUGCUGCACACCAGAAUAGGCGAUCAUCAAACUAGACAAUAUAACUUAUUUCACCUUGAUGCUGCUAGUUCUACACUCGGACAAAAAAGAUUCACUCAUGCAGCCUUAUCUGAGUUCAAUAAACUACCAGAUGAAAUUAAAACUGCAGAAUUUGAGAAUGACAAUUCUUUUUUGUGCACAGGUGAAUAUAUCCCGAUGCAUCUGGUGAAAAUGAUGAGUGAGAACGAUCUAGCAGAUUGGGAAAACAAAAUAACCAGCACCUUUACGAAUAUGCCAUUCGUUAAACAGAGGACGCCCCCCGAAAAGGCCAAAGAAGCUGUCGUCAAGUAUGCCCAAUCGAUGUGGCCCAUACUGUUUUCUAAAUUUUACGAAGCGAUACAGGUAUCAGGGCCGGAACUGCCGAAGAAGAACAUGAUAAUAGCGGUGAACAGCGUCGGCAUCUUCAUGAUCGACGACCAGGAGCAGAUCCUGCUGGAGCUGACGUUCGCCGAGGUGUCGUUCGUCAGCUGCGAGGCGCAGCCCCAGCCCAAGUUCGUGUUGCACACCGUGGCCAAGGAGGAGUUCGUCUUUCACACGCUGGACGCCGAGAGCGUGUCUUCGUUGGUGCAGCAUAUAGUGGACGGGUUGAAGAAGAGGUCGGUGUAUUGCGUGGCCACGCAAGAUUACAGUCAUCCGUCAGGUGCCGAGUCCUGCUUAACUUUACGCAAAGGCGACUUGAUUGCCCUCAAACAAGACCUCAACGGCGAAAAACUGAUGUCUUCUACCUGGGGAUUCGGCGAAACCAAUGGCAAAAUCGGAGAUUUCCCUACAGAAAACGUCUACAUAAUACCCACCCUCCAGAAACCCCCAUCGAACAUCCUACGUUGCUUCAAGAAAGAUGGGAUAGUUACAGGCAAACAGCAGAAAUCCGUGAUAACAACCCUGCAGCGCAUGCAGCUGCACACCCUCGCCACCUACUCUGAAGACCACUUCAGAGCGGCCAAAGCCAAAGCGAUCAACAAAUCCUCCGUGAUGACGGCGGCCAGAAAAACCUCCAAGGAGCAACUUUGGAAGUACUCGAACGAGCCCAUCUACCAGCCGCUGCUGCAGAAAGUGCUUGUAGACGACGCAGCCAGCAAGGCGGCCUGCGCCAUCUUUGCCGCCAUCUUGAAGUACAUGGGCGACCUGCCGGCGCCCAAAUCGAAGAACAUCACCGAGUACACGGACCAGAUCUUCGGCGAGCCGCUGAAGAAUGAGCUGCUCAAAGACGAAGUGUACUGCCAGAUUAUGAAGCAGUUGACGUUCAACAGGUUGUCGAUUAGCGAGGAGAGGGGCUGGGAGCUGAUGUACCUAGUCACGGGGCUGUACUUGCCCAGCGAGAAGUUGUACGGGGAGUUGCAAAAGUUUUUGAAGACGAGGCAUCAUCCUUUCAGCGAACACUGCCUAUUGAGGCUGCAGAAGACGCAGAAGGUGGGACCUCGAAGAUCCGCUCCGCACUUCAUCGAAGUGGAGGCCGUCCAGCACAAGAGCAUGGAGAUCUUCCAUCGCGUGUACUUCCCCGACGACACGGACGAGGCCUUCGAAGUGGACUCGAUGACGCGGUCGAUAGACCUCUGCAAGGCGGUGGAGGCCAGGCUGGAGCUGAAGACCACCGACGGGUUCAGUCUGUUCGUCGCUAUUGCCGAUAAGGUGUUUUCGGUGCCGGCAGAGGCGUUCUUCUAUGACUUUUUGAGCGAGCUGAUCGGGUGGAUCAGGCAGACGAAACCUAGUUGGGGAAGAAAUUACAAGUCUAAGGAGUCAGCUAAGACUAUCAUAACCUAUGAUCAUAACAAGCAAAGCAAAAGUGCAUUUGGCAUUGACGCAUUGACCACGGAAUUACGGCUAAGCCGUCAAGGCAAUGUAGGCGCCCAACAAAUCCAAGCGCAGUACCAAGUCUUCUUCAUGAAGAAACUCUGGGUGAACACCGUCCCCGAACGGGACCCGUACGCCGACCAGAUAUUCCACUACCACCAAGAGGUGCCCAAAUUCCUCAAAGGGUACCACAAGUGCAACAAGAACGACGCCGUCAAACUGGCCGCCCUUAUUCUAAGGGCCACCUACGAGGGUAACAUCUCCGAGGUGCAGUCCACUUUGCAACAUAGUAUCAAAGACAUCAUACCGUCGGAUAUUGUGAAGGCUGCGAGCGGUUCGGAGUGGAAGAAAACCAUUUUGGCGGAGUACAGGACGUUGAGUAUGAGUAGGGAGCAAGCGAAGACGGAGUUCUUGAAGGUGACUUACAAGUGGCCCACUUUCGGAUCGGCUUUCUUCGAGGUCAAGCAAACCACCGAGUCUUCCUAUCCGGAAGUCAUUAUUAUAGCUAUCAACAGGCGCGGUGUGAACAUCAUUCAUCCUCUUACUAAAGAUAUUUUGGCGACCCACGAAUACUCCGAGCUGAGCAACUGGUCUUCAGGAAACACCUAUUUCCAUUUGACGAUAGGAAACAUCAUGAUGAAGACGAAAAUCUUGUGCGAAACGUCGCAGGGAUACAAAAUGGACGAUUUGAUUACUUCUUACACCGACUAUAUCCGAAAAGAACAAGUCAAACAAUGAUUUCUAAUUCUUUCUUUUUAAGCUAAUGUAAAUAUGUAAAGUAUGUACCGGGUGUCCAUUUCGGAGAUGGACAUCGGCGAUAUAAAAUAUUGAAGAGACGAUCAACAAAGACACCCGGUCAUUGUGUGAUAAUUUAUUUAAUGGGUGAAUAAAUUCAACAUUUCUCUUCAUGGUUCUUUCCGACUCUUACCAAAAGAUAUAAUGAAGUUCCUAUCGGAAAUAAAACAAAAAAUUCCAGUAAUUGAUCACUGAAUACAAAUUAUAUAUUUUACAACUGUGAACAUGAAUAAUAAUUGUAUCAUAGAUUAAAGUAAUGAUAUUAAUGAUUAUAACUGCUUUCAGCAAACCUAAAACUUCUAAAACACGCAGUUUUGGAACAGGAGAAAGUCUAUGCAAUGUUAAAAAAACACUUUUCACUUUAAAACUUCCGAGCAGAUCUGAAAAUAAAACAAUCCAAUAAGAUUCAACAAAAACACUGCAUAAAAUGAUAGAUAAAACACUCACCAAGUUUUAUUUUUCAAUAAAUCCUUAUUCCUCUCCAGCAUCUCCUCCUUCUUGUCCUUUUUCACCUUGUCCAGGAACUUGUCCAUCUCCUCGAUGUUCGUUUCCGAUGGUAUGGGAUCUUUAGAACCAGAGGCUUCUUUGUCCUCCUCUUUGUCCGCCCACUUUCCAGCAAAAGCGUCUCUAUCAACUAACUUACUGCAAUGAGAAAUGGAU